UAUUUACUGCUGCAUCAAAGCUGUUGUUUAAAGCUACUCGUAACCAUCUAUACUUUGGAAAGAUCAAGGUAGUUGUACCAAAGACAUGGUCACCGAAAACAGAAUACAAGCGUCUUAUUGUACCAUCGCAGAUGAAGUAUUACAUCAGCGUAGAUAAAUACGGAGACGGAGUGCCAAAAGUUUACGGACUCACAAAGUGUGGUAGAGGAGGCUCGUACAUGUAUUUAAAUUCAUUAAAAUUCAUUUUGACUGAGGGAAGCACAAACUGGGGAAAUCACGAUAAUGUGAUAGUUCAUGAGUGGGGUCAUUUACGUUAUGGGUUAUACGAUGAAUACCCUGUUACUCAACAUAACUUUCCUACAUUUUAUCAAGCAACCGGAAAAUGGAAUCCUGUCAGGUGUACGAACCAUGUUCAAGGACGUGUAGGUAUGGGUGCUCGUUGCGAACCUAGCACAGAGUGCAACACUGAGGAUGCCAGCAAGAUACUAAAUAAACACUUUAUCAAAGUUCUGCGAUACGAAUGAUCCGGCAACACCUAAGAAAGAGCGACAUGAUACAGUAGCACCAAAUGUACACAAUAAAUUGUGCAACUAUAAAAGUGCUUGGGAAGUAAUGCGACAACAUGAAGAUUUCAAAAAUACACAUUCACUGCCAAGCUCAACAGAUACGACGCCAUAAUUUGAUUUUAUCCAAGAAGACUCAAAAUACCGUGUAUUUGUCCUUGAUGUUUCUAGAAGCAUGGGGGGGAGUAAACUCGAGACUCUGUCACAGACAGCAAAGUAUGUCAUUCAAAACCUGGUUCCAACAGGAAGUUGGCUUGCCAUAAUUACAUUCAACGAUGAAGCUUACGUUGUGAAAGAUCUAACAGAGAUUAAAUCGCAGUAUGUCCGUGACGAAUUGAAAGCUGUCAUUCCGGCCAAAGUCUCCGGAGGAACGUGUAUUGGUUGUGGGAUUGAAGAAGCAAUUAGGAUUCUGAAAAUAAAGCUUAGUGAUGUAAGCAACGGAGAGAUCUUUGUUAUUUCCGAUGGAAAAGACAAUGUUGGAAGUAUUCAUAAUUCAAAACAAAAAGCGGUCAGUGAAAAUAUCAUAGUUCAUACCAUUUCGGUUACACAAGACGCUGACAUUCUUCUUGCUAACAUUUCAAAAGAAACUGGAGGCAUGCAUUUCACAUACUUAGAAACUGGAAGCAUUAGUUUCAUUGCCUUAUUUGGCGAAUUAAUAACACUUGACGUUACCUCGGACUCAAGACAUUCUGCUGUGUUGGCUUCCGAAAGGAUAACAACAACGCCAUCUAACAUUGUGCGUUUUAGUUUUUCGAUAGAAAAUGGUUUAGGGAAAGACACAUUUGUUACCGUUUUAUUGCAAAGUCCUUACAGUAGUAGAAUGCAGCUUCGUAUCUCUGGUCCAAACAAUUACAACGAGGCUUUGAAUACAACCGAAAAAACAGCAACUAUAAUGAUACCAGGAAUCGCUCAGGCUGGUGACUACGAAAUGACAGUUACAAUGGAAAAGAGUGAACAAUCGGUUGAGUACUUGGUAAAGUCGACACCAACGAAUUAUGAUAUUUUAAAAAUUUCCGCCACACCUUCAGCUACGAAUAUUAAUUUCUCUUCUGGAGAGAUACCCAUCAUUUUUGCAGAAGUAACUAAAGGCUCUUCGUCGGUGCUUAAUGUCAACGUAACUGCCCGAGUUGAAAUAGGCAAUGGUAGCCGGGUAUGCGAUAUAUCUCUGUAUGAUAAAGGAAUGGACCCAGAUGGCAUUGAUAAUGACGGAAUUUACUCCGGGUAUAUAUUUCCACAUUGUUUAUAUGAAGGACGUAUAAAUAUCAAAGUAUAUGCAUCAGGCCGAAAAGGAGAAACAAUUAUUAUGCGAGGAACCUCUGGAUCACAAACACCGUAUCAGGAUGACGAACCAGAAGUCUAUGAAGAUGCUUUUCAACGCGUUACGGUAUUGGAAGAUUUGUACAUCGAAAAUUAUGUUGACCCGGAUCAAAAUGAUAUAGUUCCCCCUGGAAGAAUUACUGAUGUUAAUAUACACCACAUCGUAAAACAAAAAAUUCCGUCUGGAGAGAGUAGAAACUUUACUAUUUCUUGGACAGCCACGGGUGAUGACAAAAAUGUCGGCCAAGCCUCAGCUUACAUCCUUAGGAUUUCCGAAGACUUCGAAACCCUUCUUAAUGAUUUUGAUUCUGCUGAGUUACUUGACAUGAAAAAUAUUAGUUUGAGUCCACAAAAAUCUGGUCGAAUGGAAGCAUUGAAAAUUGUUGUUGAUGCUGAGCAGUCGUAUACUGGCACGACAUUCUUUGCUCUAAAGGCCGUUGACGAAGCAGGAAAUGUUGGAGAGGUAUCAAACAUUUUAUCUAUAGUUGUUGCAAAGGGGUAUCGUGCGGUUGGAGAACGCGGCUCUUUUGAUGACGAUGUAGAAGCCAUAGACAAAGACAAUAUGAAUAUAUAUGUUAUUAUUGGAGCUUCAGGGGGAGGAUUUAUACUUCUGCUGAUGAUCUUUACAAUACUGUUGUGCAGAAAGCGACAAGUUAAGAAGGCCGAUGACACCAACUUUCAUAUGGGAAGAAUUUGAGCAAGACAAUAACAUACUUGGGAUAGUGCAUUGAAUGAGUGACCGUUUACAGACUGUACCUUGUACAUGCUGUAGAAAAUAUUUUGAAAACAAGCAAAAUAAAUUUGUAGGUUCCGAAAUCUUACUCGUGACUUAUCUUCUAAUCUUAAUGUUUCAAAAUUUGUUCUGUCAUCAUUUACUCAACGCCAACGCAAUACUUUGUUUUGAACCGAUGGCGAAUUUCCUAAAAAACAACAGCGUUUCUUUGAGAACUAUAUGAUGUGAAUGACAUACAUAUACAAAUUACACACUAGAAUUGUUCAAUGAUAUAAAAUUACCAAUUUAACGACCGAAGCCUAUUGAAAACCACUCUUUAAUGUAUUACACUUAUCAAAGGAUGGAACUAUAAACUAAGGGAAACACGUUUAGAAUUUAUCUAAAUUUUACAAAAAAACAUUUUUGUAAGAAUAAUUUUAAUUUGAAGUAAAUGAUGAAGGUAUCUUUCUUCUGUUUAUGGGAUAGAGUUCUAUUGUUAAAUUCAUUACGUUUUAAUUUUUGAGAUUAAAAUGUUUUGAAUUCUGAUAUUUCGUUACAGAAGUAUCAGUACUUUUCAAGAUUUUAGUAAUCUAUGAAGUGAUUCGUAUAAAGUUAGAAAUCAGUUGAAAAAUAUUUAUUCACUUUGCUUGUGAGUACGAAAGAUAGAAAUGUAAAAUCAAAUUUGCUUAAGAAUACUAAUAUUUUGCGCUUUUUUUGGUUUUGUGGUGAUUCGCUUUCUUUUGUAUCACACGUUAUGCAAUCACAUUUUUCGGAAUGUUGAUAGAACUUGUUUCCCAACCCAUUUGCUUUUUGUAUUGCUGUAAUUUUAUGUUUCUACUUGCAUGUAUGUAUAAGCAAAAAAGUAUGGUUAAAUCAUUUUCAGGAUGUGUUAUCACCUUAAUAAUGUUAUAAAAUUCAAAGAUUUUCUUUAAUACCUUGAGGUUUGCUUUUGAAGCAAUACUAUUGAAUGUGAGAUCAACUAUUAGAAACUUUGCUCAGUGUAAAUUCGUCCAGUGUUAAAUUUGAAAUCUGCAGAAUAUGUUUAUACCUUUUUGUAUAUAGCUAAAAACGACAAUGGCUGUGGUAUUCGACAGGAAUUAUCACUUUACAUUCAUGACAAUUCUAAAAGCAUAGAAUAGAAGACUUUAUUUUUAAUGUAAAUAAUACUUAAUAUUUUUUCUCUAUUCAUUUUCCUUAUGUUUUAUAAAUUAGAUUUGAAAUGCUAAUUUUGUAUCCUGAUUAAAUAUAUUUAGUAAACAGA